CUUUUGUCUACAAGACAAAGAUCAAGUCACCAUGACGACUUUAGUAAACAGUGCAUGUUCACUUCUUCAACGGCUGAUGGGAGUAACUUGUUUGAGUUUUGUGAGGCCUAUAGCUUAUAAGUGAAAGAUGGCGGGGCGAAAAUCACGGAACAGUAUUUCAGUGAAGAUGUGCCCUCAGCAGAGAGCCCGUCACGAAGCCUACAACGAGCCGUCUAAAGAAACACAGAGAUGGAUGGCAGAGGCAAGACAGCGCGUGUGCAUGCAUCUAAAUCAUCAAAAAUCCCGUCAGGUCUGCAACCCCAACACUGCUGCCGAGCGUCAAAACCAACUCACAGCACAAUUAAAAGCCGCCGAGGCGAGGAAUCGUGUUAGACAACUGAGACGACACUAUCAAGACCUAAAGGAGCAGGAAAUUAACUUAAUGAUUUCAUGCCAGUCUAACGCGCAGAGGGCUGUACGCCUGGAGCAUUUACUCACUGUGAGAGAGAGGAAGAUAAACCACACAGACUGCAUGGACCAAUUACAGAGACGAAGAGUUGAAGAGAUCCUAGAGGAUGAGAAAGGCCUGACCAUCAACCGCAGAUGACUGAAGACAAAAAGAAACAGAUCUGAGACUGAAAAUGCAGAUUAUAUUGUAGCCCUGCGUGCCAUUUUUUAUGUUUGAUUAUACUUUAAUGAACCUUGGUUUCUGAGCAUAGAAGAUAUGAACAGUAAAUGUGUUUCCAUCAUAGUUUAUGCACGUUUUCUUAUCUGAUGAAAAAAUGUAUCCACUUCAAUUGAGCGCAUAAGAUUUUUAUGUGCAUUUUUAUAAUUUAUGCUCAUCUUGGCGUUUCCAUCCAGCUGCAUUUUAUGCCAUAUCCCAAAAAGCACAUAGGUGGAAACAUAGAUGUUGGAAAUUUCAAGAAAUAUAUUACCUUACUACCACAGACCAAUAAAGCAUUCAUGUUUAGGAAUGUACUGGUUUCAAAAUUCUGGCUGAGGCAAUAAGCCGAUAAUUAUUUUGUCAUUAAUGACCGAUAUUAAAGUUCUAUGAUAUUUUGUAGAGGAAAAAAAAAAAGUACAAGUGAAUCACAACAUA